GAUGGAAAAAGUUACACGAAAACCAGAUUUUGCAUAACUAGAUCAUAUUGAAAACUCUAUGAUUACAUCAAAGUAAUAUAUUUUGACAUCGUCAUGCAUAACUUUGCCUGUGGUUUAUGCAGAUAAAAAAAUAAGUCAAGGGGAAAUUGUGCACUUGAAUUUGUACUUCCGCGUACAAUGUUUUUUUCCAGCGACAUACGACAACUUUCGAACAGCAAACCAUAUUAGACGUUUGUCAGUCUUUUUUUGUUGUUGCUGUAUUUUGAGGGGGGAGCGUUUGGUGCUCAGUGGUCUAACCCAGCCAUGAGCAUCAUCGGGGCCGAGGAUGAGGACUUUGAGAAUGAUCUGGACCCCACGGUGGAUGACCACAGCAGUCACUUCACCAGUAUAGAGCUAGUGAAGAGCCGGCCAACCCACCUGCUGGUCUUCCUUCAGCACGUCAUCCUGCAGUUCGACUGCUCCUCCCUGUUGUGUUACCUCCAUGCUGACCUCUUCAAGAACCUCAGUACCAAAGAGACCAAGAAGCAGUUUGUGGAGUUCUACAACAGCUUCCUGGACAAGAGCGCUAUUCUCAGAGUGCAAAUACCUCACAAUGUAUCGUUUGAGUUGGACCGUACCAGACCAGACCUGCUCAGUGAGGAGCAGCAGAGGAAGUUUGUCCAGGAUGUCCAGUUGGCUCAGGCCCCAGAGGUGCUGCGACAGCUGGAAGACUUUAGGCAGAAGAGGAUGAUGGGUAUGACCCCUAACGCGGCAGAGCUGCUGGAGGUGGAGUCUCACUACCCCACCGAUCGUAUCCCCAUGGAGAUGAAGGAGAAGGCCGUGGCAGAGACCCUGCUGGACAAAAUGUCUGAGAUCCAUCCCUCCAUCGUCGCAGACGAGGAGAAAUGUUCGUCGAUCUUUGCAGCAGUGGCCUUCUACAUGAAGCACCUAGGAGUGAAGUCCAGAGUAGCUGACAGUAAGAAGUCCAGAGGGUUCUUCAGGAGACCCCUUGGGAAGAAUAAGAAGAGUGAGGAGUCCACUAAAUCUAAACCGAAGGGGGGUUUUCCCAACAUCCUCAGCGCCGCCGGUGGCUGGAUUGCUGGCAGCGCUGAGGUCAAACUUCCUAAAGUGGAGGCUGAAGUGGAUAAAGAGAAGGUGAAUCAGGAGCGUAAGGUUUCCAGCGUCCUCCCCCCCUCUCGAGGCUCUUCCGCCCCUGAUGCUGCUCCUCCAGCAUUAAACAGGAAGUCUGUUUCCACAGGAUCCUCCCCCCAUCAGGGUUUGGAGGUCAGUGAGGGCCCAGUAGUUCACAUCAGUGUGACCUCCAGCCCAGACUUCUCCCACAGCGAGAUAGGUCUGUUCAGCAGCCGUUCGGACCCCCAUUUGGUGGCGGAGGGGGGCGAGCUGUCCCCCGCGGGGAUGGCAGGGGGGCUGGCUAUAUGGGAGCUCCCCUCACCCAAUGAACCCCCCCUGGAGGAAAACCUGGACAAAGACAGUGUUGAUGAAGGGGUGUUACUCCCCGAGGGUGUGCUCCCAGGUCUUUCCCUCUCUGGCCACACCCCCCAGCAGGAGGAACAGGACCCUCGCCUCCUGGAGCUGGAGCAGGACCCGCCCAACUGGAGAGAACACACCCCCCCAGACACCCUCAAAGACCUCAGCAAGAAGGAGACCAAGCGGCAGGAGGUCAUCAACGAGUUGUUUGCGACGGAGCACGCCCACGUGCGCAUGCUGAGUGUUCUGCAGACAGUGUUCUGGAAGCCUCUGGAGAGAGAGGAACUCAUGACCGCCACAGAGCUGGCCACCAUCUUCCCCAGCCUGGAUGAGAUCAUAGACAUGCACUAUGCUUUCUAUGAGCACCUGAAGAAGCUGCGUCAGCACAAUUUCAUCGUCAAGGCCAUCGGAACCACGUUACUCAACAGGUUUGGAGGGACGGAGGGUGAGUGGUUUCAGAAGCUGACGUCUAGGUUCUGUAGUCACCAGACGUGGGCCCUGGAACAGCUGAAGAUGAGACAGAAGAAAGACCCUCGUUUCAACUCCUUCAUACUGGAGGCAGAGAGUAGGCCUCAGUGUCGUAGGCUGCAGCUGAAGGACAUCAUCCCCACUGAGAUGCAGAGGCUCACCAAAUACCCCCUACUGCUGGAAAACAUUGCCAAGUGCACAGAGGACACCUUGGAGAAGGAGAGUAUUCAGCAGAGUGCAGAGUGCUGUAGGAAGAUCCUCAACCACGUCAACGAGGAGGUCAAACAGAUGGAGAACCUGCUGACCCUGAAAGACUACCAGCGCAGGCUGGACACCUCAGGACUCAAACCCAGUAACGAGCUGUAUCUGGAGUACAAGUACCUUGACCUGGCCCAGAGAAGGAUGAUCUAUGAGGGGCCUCUGACCUGGAGAGUGACCAAGGAGAAAACAUUAGAAGUGCAGUGUGUGUUGCUGGGGGAUCUGUUGGUGCUGUUACAGAAGCAGGAUGAUAAGAUGGUGUUGAAGUGUCAGAGUAAGAGUAACAUCGCUGUUCAGGAGGGCAAGCAGAUGCUCAGCCCUAUCAUCAAACUAGACUCUGCCUUCCUCCGAGAGGUGGCCACAGACCGUAAGGCCUUCUACGUGAUCUUCACCUGGGACAGCGGGGCUCAGAUCUACGAACUGGUGGCUCAAUCUGUCGGGGAGAGGAAGAACUGGACAGAUGUGAUCAAGAUGGCAGUAGAUGAGCUUAAGAAGACAGGACCUCCAUCUGACCUCAAGAGAGGAAACAGCAUCUUAACUGGAGGAGGAAACCCAUACAGCCCCACCACGUUUCCUCAACCCCCUCUCAGCCCCACUGAAAAUGGAGGAGUCUUGUUGAAAAACAGCAUUGAACGAGAUAAGAACAGCCUGACUGAUGAGAUGAAGUCUGUGGACUCUCGUCAUUCUCUGAUUUAUUACCUCUCGGACAAAGGCUUCGACUUGAUUGGCAACAGCGAUCAGGUGAAAGUGGCCAAUAGCGCGUUAAACGAAGUCAUGUCCCUCAAGAGACUAUUGGUUGGCAGCAUCAGCCUAUCAGAUGACUCACAGCCUGAUGAGCAGAAUGGAAGGGAGGGGCCAGAGAGCCAGGACCAAGGACUGCAAGGGGAGGAGGAGGGAGGAGGAGAGGGUGGAGGAAUGAAGAUAGAUGAGGAGGGAGGGAUCAGUGCUCCUCUGGUUCUGUCCCAGGAGAGGAUGGAGGAGGUGCGCCGGAAACUGCAGAGUCUCGAGGUACAGCUGAAGAGACUGCAGAGUGUUGAGGAGGAGCACCACCGGCUGCAGCAGGCCCUGUCUAAGUUCUCCCUGGAGGGGGGCAACUUCUAGUGAGACACACAGCGCCACCUUCAGGACACCAGAUCACUGUAAGUGCUGGAUUGGAAUGCUCGAGUUGCUUUUGGAGGAUUGAUGAAUGCGUCCUGGAAUUUCCUAUUUACUAAACACUCUGUGCUCUAGUUCAGUAAUGCAAUGUGGGAGGUGUGUGUGUUUGUGCGUGUUUGUGAACAUGCUCGUAUGUACAAGUGCGUGAGCAUGUGAGAGAUGGGAGUUUUGCAAACAGGUGCCAAAGAUUGGAGCAGUAGUUUGCUGUGAGAGAGAUGCUGCCUGGGCUUAUUGAUUGUGAGCUUCUGCAACACACAUACACACACACACACACACACAACAGAUACUUCCCCCAGUGCAUGUUCAAUAAAUAUAUCUAUCAUUGCCAACUGUAGGGGUUUGGACUGUAUAAUAAACCCCCAUGUAUGCAUGUAGCGAGAGAUACUAGUGUCAGCCCUAUAGAGGGCGAUGUAGAGCUGUAGAACCAGACAGGAACAUGCUCAGAGUUGUGAAAUUCUGGUAACCAAAAUUCACAGGUUUUCCCCAAAUCCUGGUAGGAAGAUUCAGGAGGGAAUAAGGAGGAAUUCUGGGAGUCGUUCAACCGAGGUUUUCUGAAAUACCUGGGAUUUUUGGGAAACUUUCCAAACCUAGACAUUUUACUGAACAUUUAGUAGGCCUCUAUAUCCAGUACAUGCCAAAGUACAGCAGAGAUGCACUUUUAAGUUAGUAUAAUCCAAUUCAAGUGACCACCCACACUGAAUUCCCAACAUUGAAUUUGCUAAUAUUUAUUACUAUUAUUAUUAUAUUAUAUAAUAUAUGCCAUUUAGCAGACGCUUUUAUACUAAGCGACUUAGUCAUGCAUGCAUACAUUUUGACAUUUUACCCCAAUUGUUGAGAAGAUCUGCGUGUGUGUGUUUGUGUGUUACAGUGUUGUAGAAGCAAAAUGGCCUUCUGGAGUUACUGUAAUAGAGUUCUGUUAGAACUGUAAUUAUGGCCCAAACAUUCAUCCAGUAGUAUUGGAAUUGAUCAUGUUGUUAGGGAUAUAGACGGUGUGUGUACGGCUUUUGACUUCAGCUGCCUCUCCUUUGGACCCUGCUACUGUGCUGGGCCGGGCGAUAGUGGGAUGGACAGAGAUGUAAGGAGAGGAGGACCAUUUUUAUGACUGAAGUAGGAUGUAGAUUAUAGAUGGAGGGAUACAGCAAGGAAGAGAGAGGAGUAAGGGAGGAGGGGAGGCAGAAGGGUUUUUUCUUGGAAGACCAACUUGAUUAGCAGCGUAUUAGAUGGUGAUGGAGGUAGAUGUAGAGAGAAGACUUGAAGUUCAGUGUUCAAUGUGCUGUGGAAUCGGUUAUAGGGGCCUCCCGAGUGGUGCAGUGGUCUAAGGCACUGCAUCACAGUGCUAGCUGUGCUACUAGAGAUUCUAGGUUCGAGUCCAGGCUCUGUCACAGCC